AUGCUGCCAUCACCAUUUCUCAAUGCCGUUGUCGGCAGGCGCUCCGUGUACAAGAUUGCCAAUACCUCGCCGAUUUGCGACAAGGAAAUACGCAACUUGGUAUCUACGACGAUGCUCAAUGCCCCCUCUUGUUUCAACAGCCAAUCUACUCGCAUCGUUCUUCUUCUUCUCAAAGAAGAGCACCAGAAAUUUUGGAGAAAUACUUCGAGCAUUCUGAAGGCUAAGAUCGGAGAAGAUGCUUUCAAAGGCAACACGGAACAGAAACUGAAGGGCUUUCGAAAUGGUUAUGGGACAAUGCUCUUCUUUGAGGACCCUCAACAAAGCUUUUUCCCAACUUAUGCUAGCAAUUUUUCCACAUGGUCGGAACAUACAAAUGCGAUUCAUCAAUUUAUCCUAUGGACGGCUAUGAGUGAGCGCGGCCUGGGUGCUUCACUCCAACAUUACAGUCCGUUAGUGGACUCUAUGGUUGUCGAGCAAUGGAAAGUUCCAGCGACAUGGCAGUUAAAGGCCCAGCUUGUUUUUGGUGAGCUGACUGGAAGACCACCGCAGAAGGCUUCACUUCCUUUGGAGGACAGAAUGUUUGUGUACGGAGAGAGCAGUAAGGGAGAUGAGUCGAAACUCAACACCUCAAAUUAUGUACAAAAACAUAUGAGAUUAUGA